CUUCACUAGGGAACAGGUUACCAAUGAAAUCAUCCCGGUCCUCUCAUAUUCCUAUAUGUCCGUUCUGGUGCCUGUGUUUCUGCUGACAGAUUACCUACGCUACAAACCUGUGCUGAUCCUUCAGAGUUUGAGUCAUGUUUCCAUUUGGCUCUUGUUGCUUUUGGGAACCUCAUUACUGGAGAUGCAGUUUAUGGAGUUCUUUUAUGGCAUUACCAUGGCUGCCCGUGUGGCUUACUCCUCGUACAUUUUCUCGCUAGUACCAGCGACUGUUUAUCAGCGUGUAGCCAGCUACUCCCGCUCAUCUGUGCUCAUGGGAGUCUUCACAAGCUCUGUGCUGGGUCAGAUAUGUGUGUCACUAGGGGGCAUAUCAUACAGGAAGUUAAGUGCAGUCUCUCUGGGGCUUGUCACUUUUGGGCUGCUCUUGUCCUUCUGCCUGCCAUGGCCCAAGCGUAGCUUGUUUUUCAACCAAGCCCGUCUGGACGAGAAAAGGAAGGAAGCAGCUCAAUCGGAAUUGGCCAGAAUGAAGCCUGAAGAGAAGGAUGGCAGUAUGGCUGCACAAGGCAGUAACCACAAAUCAUCUUCCUGGACAAAUUCAGUGUUUAUUCAGAUGUUGAAGGAGUUAAAGAAUGUUGUGAAAGUACCUAGUUUAAGGCUUUGGAGCUUGUGGUGGGUGUUCAACUCCACUGGUUACUAUUUAGUUGUAUUUUAUGUGCACAUCCUGUGGAAUGAAGUCUACCCUGCCACAGAGAAAAUACAUGUCUACAAUGGAGCAGUUGAAUCUGCCUCUACAUUAUUGGGUGCAAUCACGUCAUUUGCAGCAGGAUAUGUGAAAAUUCGAUGGAAUCUUUGGUCUGAGCUGGUGAUUGGAUUGAUCACUGCGGCACAGGCCGGUCUACUGCUUCUCAUGGGCAUCACAGAUAAUAUCUGGGUUUGCUAUGUGGCAUAUGCCCUGUUCAGAGGCUUCUACCAAUUCCUGGUGCCAAUCGCUAUUUUCCAGAUUGCCUCCUCUCUCACUAAAGAACUGUGUGCUUUAGUGUUUGGAGUAAACACUUUUCUUGGAACAGUCCUGAAAACGAUCAUCACUAUCAUUGUGGUAGAUAAGAGGGGAUUGGCUUUGAAUGUUCACUCUCAGUUUUCUGUUUACUUCUUAUACUUCACUCUGCUGACUGUGAUUUAUCUGGGCUGUAGUGCCUUUAUCAUCACAUGUCAUUACCGCAAUCAAAGAGCAGAGGAGGAGACUACGGAAGUAGCCAUAGCCACUGAACUUAGUCCUAUGACAGCAGCUGCUAGUGAUGGCACAACGGCAAAUGGAACCAGCAUCAAGACAUGAGGUUCAAAGGAAUUGUGUCUUCUGGUGGAGUUUCUCCGUUUUUUAAUCUGUUACUUUAAAAUCAGAACAUUUGAUUAUUUUAAGUAUGAGUAGCUUUUGUUUUAUUAUUUUUAUGUUUGUCCUCUUGAUAGGAAUAGCGCUAGAUUAAAAAAAAAAAAGGUCAGAUAUUUGAUUUCGUUUAGUUUCCUUGGUCAUUUAAUAUGGUUGUCUUUGUUAGUGUGAACAAAGAUAAUGUAAAAUAAUUUUUGUAAGUAAUGUUUGGAAGCCAAACAUGGCAAGUUUGGCUUUCUAGUAUCUGAUAGGAUUACUUUUUUGACUUCAUUGUUAUCUUAUUUGCAGAUAAUUAUUAAAAAAUGUAAACAAUUACUACUGUUCAACCGUUAGUUCCAGUUCUCUAAAUUGAUUUGCCAAGCGGUUAUCCAGGAAUGCUGAUAUUUAUUAAAUGCCCUUAGAAUAUCUGAUUGCUGUUCAGUAAAAGCUGGGGUAUGGUUGUGGGAUUUUUGCGUUGAGUGAGGACCAUUUUUGUCAGUGUUUUCUUUCACUCCAGGAUUGCUCAGAGUGGGGUUCUGCUCACCUGUAAGCAGGAGUAGAAAAUCGCAGUGUUGGUAACAUGGAAUGAUAACUGAAUGUUACGAACAGGGAUUGCUCCAUAAACACUAAAGUUUGUGCAUUGCUUGGUGACACACAAAGUUUGAUGCUUUAGCACUUUUAGAAAUAUUUGCCAUUGUUGAAGGGAAAAAAAAAUUUUAUUGACCAUGUUUUGGUGGAAAUGUAAGUUACUCAAUAUUAACUUUUUAGAACCUGUAUAAAAGAAAUAGCACACAAACAAGAUUGUACACAAGACACUUGCUUGGUUCUACUGUAUUUUGGAAAUAAGUACUACUGUUAUGUUUUUUAAUAUUUCAUAGUGUGAUGACAUUAGGAGCUCCAG